AUGUUCAUCCCCCGCUCGCUCCUCGCCUCGGCCUAUGCACAUCUCAAAUCGCACGCUCACUCGACCAACCCGUCCAUCCUGAUCCUCUGCGCCCUCGACAUCGACUCCCUCUGCGCCACACGCAUCCUCACCCACCUCCUCAAGCGCGACUACAUCCCGCACAAGAUACAUCCAGUGUCGGGGUACCAGGAGCUCGAGCGGCUCAACGAUACCCUCGUCCGUGAGAAUGAAGACUUGCGAUUUGUGAUCUGUCUGGGCCUCGGUGGUCUCGUGGAUAUUGCGGCGUUCCUGGACCUGGGUGCGGCGGUAGAGUGCUGGGUGGUUGACGGGCGUCGCCCGUGGAAUCUAUACAAUGUCUUUUUGGGCGGGGUAAAGUGCUGGGACGACGGGGAUAUCGAGGAGGACCUCAGAGUGGAGGGGGUAGCAUUUAGGGCGCUGGUCGAGAUGCCGGAGACAGAUAGUGAGAGCGAGAGUGAGGAUGAGGAGGAGGAUGAAGGGGAAGAUGAGGAGGAUGCGAGCGCACACAGCACGGAUGAGGAUGAUGGGGGUGGAGCCCUGUUGGAUGAGGGGAUGCUGGCCGGGGUCAAGGGGGCCAAUGUGCGCAAGAGGAAGAGCUCGGAUGAGCCUGAGGAUGUCUCGGACGACGAUGGGAGUUCGAGAGUCCGGAGAAGACGCCGAGGUAGUAAUGAUGAGGAAUCUUCCGGCGCUUCAACACCGCUCCUACAGUCGUAUACGCUCCUCUCGGCGACUACGGUACCCACCACAGCUAUGGCCUCGUCUCCUCCACCCGCACGAUCCCACUCUCCGUUAUCAUCACCUUCGCAGCAGCUACCGCGCCGUCCACAGCCCACCGCAAAGCACCUCCGCCGAAAAUUACGAAAGCUCCGAGCCCAGCACGAAUCCAAAAUCGCAAACUACUACUCCCAAGGCACCUGGUACGGCGAACCAAUCUCCGGCCUUCUGUACUCCCUUGCCUCCGAUCUUGGCCGCGAAGAUAACGAUCUUCUCUGGUUAGCAAUUGUCGGCGUCUCCUCCGGCGAGAUCUACGGCCAUGGUAUUUCAUCUGGGCCCCCGAAAAAGUCCUCAGAUAUGGGCUGGGUCAGUUCCCGUGAAGAGCAGAUCCGCAGCGUCCUCCGAGACGAGGUCCGACGUCUCAACCCCCCAGAGGUCAGCAGCGCCGGUGGUUUUGGCGGCAGCUCCAGCAGUGCGACCAAUAACUCACUGCAGACCACAGCACGAUCACCAGACGACAAGGCGAUACGGAUGUCCCCCGAGUUCAGGUUCAUGCUGAUUCGGCAUUGGUCAUUAUACGACUCGAUGCUGCAUUCGAGCUUUCUGGGGACUAAACUGCACAUCUGGUCCGAGCACGGGCGGAAGCGCCUGCAUAAGCUGUUGGCGAAGAUGGGAUUCUCCCUCAACCAGUGCAAGCAGAGCUACACACACAUGGACAUGGACCUAAAGCGCACACUCCGUGACCGCCUAGAAAAAUAUGCGCCACUAUACGGCCUCGAGGGUGUAGUCCGAGAAGGCUUUGUCCGCUGCUGGGGCUGGAGCGGUUGCUUGAGCGCCGUAGACGUCGCAUACGUCAUUGGCGGCCUCCUCGAAAUCGGCAAAAAGGGACUCGCAGCAGUCCGUCUCGGCGACGGCGAAGUCAUCGAAAGCGAAGCCGAGGGCCGCCGUGAGGAGAACAGAGAAUCCGAGACGUGGAUCGAGAACUUCUGGGGCGCCUAUGACGCACUGGAAGACAUAGAAGCCCUUAAACUAGCGCUCCCAACAGCAAUGGACCUGCACCGCGCAAUCCUGCGCACGGGAACAGCACUCAUCGAGAAGCGCCAGAUCCGCCUGCUGCGCGCAUACCGUCUCGCUGUCGUCAAGGAGGGCCCCGACGUCGCAAUCUUCACACAUCCCAACGCGGUGUCGAAGCUCGCGCUCUGGCUCGGAGACGCAAUCUUGGAGCAGGAGCGCGAGCAGGAACGGAAAAAACAUCUCCCGCUCGUGGUCGCAUCGUUGAAUGAGCGCCGUGGAGUCUAUAUCGUCGUUGGCACAAUUCCUGGCGGGCGAGUCUCGGGAGGUGCUAAGAAGAAUAAAGAAAAGGAGAAGGAGAAGGAGAAAGAUAAGGGGAAGAAGCCGGCGAAGGAUGGCGAUGAUGAGGAGGAAGAAGAGGAGGAAGAGGACGACGACGAGGAGGAUGAAGAGGAGGAGCGAAGGAGGGGGAGAAACAAGUUCGGAAUUGCGUUCCAGGAGGUGGCGAGCACAACCCAGGCGCGCAUCAGGAUCGAUGCCUUUGAGGCGACGGUUGUGGAGGUGCGGAAGGAGGAUCUUGCGGGGUUCCUGGAGGGGCUGAGUACAAAAAUUAUAUUGGGUUAG